AAGAACAACAAAGAAACAAAAGUUCUCUAUUUGCAUCCAGCUCAGAAGGAUCGAAUAAGGAUAUCAACGAAAAACAAUUUGAUCACGAAUUGACUACAUCAAUAGAAAGAAUUCCAACACCAAUCAUCAGCCAGGAAAUAUUCGAUCAACCUAACGAUUCACUUGAAAGUCUGUCUAAAUUUGACGAAUUCGCAAAGAAAAGUACAGAAUUAACAGCAAAAAUACAAAAUGAAAUAAACAAAUUAAAAGUAAUGACUACCUUUAACCAAACUGAUGAAUGGGGAAAUCCUUUUAAUGUACCAACCAAUGCCACUCACAUCUUAAAGGAACACAAAAUUCCAUUAUUUUAUGAAGAUGAUGAGAAAGAUCCAACCGAAUGGUUACAAGACUUGAUAAAAGUGUUGCAGCUUGUUGAGCUAGAUAAAAAGCUACAGAGAAAAGUAUUUAGUACAAGAAUUAACACACUUACUGAAGCUUAUAAAAAAGCAAAAGAAGCUAAAACGAUGCUUACCUAUAAUGAUUUCACCACUAGCAUUAACGUGAUAUUGGAUGACGAAAUGGAAAAUGUCGAUGAAAGAAGAAUAAAACGAAAGAACAAUUCACCAAUCAAAACUGAUCAUUCAACGCUUAUCACACACCUCGAUAUGAUCAAUGAUCAUUUAGGCCGUACUGAGAUCAACAAUUGCCAAUUAGGCAAGAUUUUUAAGACAAUCGAGAAAACCAAACAUUCCGAAACAACCAGAACUAUCAGAUAUUUGGACAACACAAUACUACGCGCCGCUCAAAGAACUUACUUAAAUCUAGAACAAGAAUCAGAAGAUUCUAUUGUUGCUGAAAGUUCGGAUGAAUCAAAGAUUGAAGAAUCUGACGAAGAAUCUAAAGACAAUUCCAUUAUGACCUUA